AUGGGUUCCACCACGUAUGCUGAGACAGAUCAAUCACUAUCAAAACUUCCUGGACCGCUGAGAGACGAGCCGUCUGUUUCUACACUGCUUAGUGCAAGACCAAUCAGCCCGCUAGCCGUCGGAACGGAUGAAGGAAAUGAGAGUUCCGUACAAAGCAAACCAGUUACAGUAGUUGUAAUUACGGUUUGCGCCACUGGGUUGAACGCUUUGCUAGCUAGUCUGGUCAUUAUUACCUUUCCAACGAUUGCGAGUGAUUUACAUCUUAGUCCAAAGUUACAAUUAUGGCCGACGUCUGUCUAUUCUUUGACCUGCGGGUGUACACUCCUCCUCCUAGGCUCUAUUGCUGAUGCUGUUGGGAGUAGGCCAAUGUACCUUGCUGGCUGUGUGUUACAGACUGCCUUUACACUUGCUUGUGGUCUUGCACAAACAAGUGCGCAGAUUAUUACUUUUCGCGCUUUUGGCGGAAUCGCAUCUUCAUUCCUCCUUCCCACAGCCGUUAGCAUCGUUUCUGAAACCUUCCCAGAUGGCAAGCAGAGAAACAUGGCGUUUGCCUUGCUAGGUGGAUCGCAGCCAGUUGGGUUCUCCGUGGGCCUAUUGCUUGGUGGUCUUCUUCCAGAUUGGAGAUGGGGCUUUCACAUAGCUGCAAUCAUCAGCGGCAUCGUCUUUGUUUUGGCAUUCUGGGCGCUCCCCCUCAGGAACCAGAAGAGGUCCGACCUAUGGACGCACUUGAAGCACAAAGUAGAUUGGGUCGGCAUUAUCAUUGGAAGCGCUUCUGUUGGGUUACUUUCUUAUGCAUUCACAACGAUAACGGAUCAUCCAUCCAACAUUACGAAGCCUGGAACACUGGUCACGCUAAUCUUAUCUGUCGUAUUAGCCCCAGCAUUCGUGUUUUGGGUUGGCCGUCAAGAACGACUUGGAAAGGCUGCAGUGAUCCCAAAUUCACUGUGGCGCAACCGAAUCUUCACAACUAUUUGUCUCGGGUUAUUCUUGACCUGGGGUGCCGUGACAAGCUCAGACUCCUACCAAAGUCUAUUUUUCCAGGAAGUCCAGAGUAACUCUCCGUUGCAGACGUCUCUCCGAUUUCUGCCCGGCGUAGUGUCUGCGACGAUCAGCACUUUAGUUGUAGGAUUUCUUGCUCACAGAGUUCACGUUGGAUGGGCUGUUUCAUGUGGUAUGUUGCUUACAGCUGUAGGUAUUCUUCUUAUGGCCAUUAUACAACCUCAAUGGUCGUAUUGGACAUGUGCAUUUCUAGCGGUUAUUUUAAGUCCUAUUGGCGGAGAUGGGCUCUACACUAUAUCUAAUUUGGUUGUCACAUCUGUGUUUCCUCGACAGACGCAGGGACUUGCAGGAGGCGUGCUUAACACAAUCACCCAACUCGCAAAGACAGUAUCCCUAGCAACAAGUGGGGCAAUAGCAGGCAGUGUAACGUCUCGCAGUCAGUACAGUUUGAAGACAUCGCCGUUAGCUCUGAUGGAAGGGUACAGAGCCGCUUUUUGGUACUUUUUUUCUUUGUCUUGCGCUACAAUUUUACUUUUCGCCUGGGGCUUAAGGGGCAUCGGCAGACUCAAUUUGAAAAAAGCGUAG